AUGGCGAACGGGAAACCGGAAUUCACGUGUUACCACACGGAACACCUCCCCUGUAAUGAAGCGGAUCGCAAGUUCGGGCCAUCGCUCGACAUGAUCCGUGAUUUAGAGCUCUCCCGCGCGGACCGCGAGAUGCUGCACGUGCUGCGCCGCUUCCGCUGGCAGCGCGAGGAGCUGGCGCUGCAGGUGCCGCGGCGGGAGAGGAAGGUGGCGUUCAUGUUCCUCACAAAAGGGGCUGUACCGCUGGCUCCGCUCUGGGAGAGAUUCUUCAAGGGCCACGAGGGGCGGUAUUCCAUCUACGUGCAUGCCUCCCCAGACUACACCUUCCCCAAGAACGCCUCUACCCUCUUCAGCAACAACACCAUCCGCAGCGAGCAGGUGGGAUGGGGGCUACCCACCAUGGUGGACGCAGAGAGGCGCCUUAUGGCUGCUGCUCUUGCGGAUCCAGCCAACCACCGCUUUGUGCUGCUCUCCGAAUCGUGCAUUCCCGUGAAGAGCUUCAACUACAUCUGGGACUACCUGAUGGGCACUCGCUACAGCUUCGUCUCCAGCUUCUUCAUUGAUCGCCCGGUGUGCUCUGGCCGGUACGACAAGCACAUGCAGCCCAAGAUCACACUCAGCCAGUGGCGGAAGGGGUCGCAGUGGUUUGCGGCCACGAGGCGGCAUGUGAACAUCAUCAUCGAUGACGACAGCAUUCAUGCACUCUUCCAAAAGUACUGCCGGGGCGACAAGUGGCAUCACCACUGCUACGCGGAUGAACACUACAUUCCAACCCUUCUCAAUAUAAAGGAGCCCAGUCGAGUGGCCAACCGCACCAUCACCUAUGUGGACUUUCCUCCCCUGCAGCAGCACCCCACCUCCUUCCUGCCUCCCAACGUCACUGAGGACCUCUUUCAGAACAUCACAGAGCCCCUUGACUACAGUCUCAUCAAUGUGGUUCCUCUGCCCUUGAGCAUCGAGAAAAGACUCCUCAGAGUGCGUACACGCUACCAUGCUCUUUAA